AUGAUACAUUAUUUAAUUAGACAAUGUGCACCGUAUUGUUUUAAUUCUGGACAACUUGCUAAACCUGAUAUGCCAUGGAAAAAGUGUUAUUGUCUCUGUCCAACUGGAUAUUAUGGUGUUGCGUGUGAAUUCAAUGAUGAAUUAGACCAUUCAAACAAUAUACUACCGCGUAUUCAAACUAUCAAGUAUAAUCUAUUGCCAAUCGCCAGUAAUAAUAAUAAUCAACGCCAACAACAACCACAACUACAACCGCAGCAGCAUCGACAAGUAUCUUUAGAAUCAUCAAUAAUGAAUAAUGAUCAAGAUAAUGUUGAAGAACGAUUGAUUAUUUUAAAAUGA